AGCAUCCUUCUCUUUGCUGAGCCCUCCAGAGGCGUCCACCCCCUGUCCCUGCAGCCUGCCACCUACAAAUCCCCUUUCUCCCUCCUGGCUCUCCUCUGGCCUUCGAGAAUACUCACCGCCACCCACGCGGACGAAUACUCACCGCCACCCACGCGACUGUUACAGUGACACAAAGUUUCUAGUUCCAGCGGCCGGCUCAUCUGCCAUUUCUCUGCUCACCAGCCUUCUCUGGGCCCGGCCGCCGAGAGGGGGAGGGGGAGGGGAGGCCGGAGCCGUGGGAGUUCUCCAGACAAACUUUCCACCCAACUCAGCGGCCUUCCCUCUGUCCCCAUUUCCCAUCUGUUUCCCCGCUCUCGCAGAAUCACCUUUCUCUUUGGCUAUCACCCCCCACCCCCAGGCCUUUUAAAGGGAUGUGGAAUUUAGGCUGUUCCCUCCGCUUUCCCAAAGAGCCAAAUUCUUUGAUGCCAUCGGAGGGAGCUGUCAGGGGGCUAAGAUUGAUCGCCUCAUCUCCUCUCCGUCCCUCUGACCCACUUAUUUAAAAAUCUUCCCCCAGAUCGACUUUUCAUUUUCUGCUUUUGAGAUCUGGUUUCCCACCAAUGGCUUGGGGCCCGGAGUCUUGUGUUCCCUCUCUCCAGUAAAUUACAGCACUCCCUAAAGUUCAGACUAUCUUGAUCCCCUUGAAAUAAAUAAAUUAAAAAGAAAUCUCCCCCAGGGGCCAGAAAUGGAAUAUUAUCUCCUUAGUCAGUGUUUUCACCCCCUCCAUGCCCAGAGAAUUUUUUCUUGCCAGGGAUUUUUUUUUUUAAAUUUUAACUAGCACACUGGCAAAAAUAGGAGAGGGGGGAUACUCUUUGUCCUGGGAGGGAACUCAAAGUUAAAUCCGACUACCUUCGUUCUGGUUCCUGUCCCUGGAUAUAGACACGGAUACUUGACUUGAAGCUCUGAAUGGGAGCAGAUGCACCUUAUGCCCUGUCAGUUGUGGGGUGUCAGAAAAGAGUGUGACAAUGACUCCAGGCCCAGACAAGCGAUUGGCCGAGGCCAGUCCCGUGACCAUGAAUUCCCUGCAAUUUCGCCGGAGUCCUGGGUUUAAUAGAGAGAGUCCCCAUACGCUUGUAUUUAUCAGCAAUAUACAAUUAUAAAGGCCCAAAAUUUAAAAAAAAAAAAAAAGAGAGAGAGAGAGGGAGAGGGAGAGAGAGAGAGAAAGAGCACGAAAUCUCCCCCUCCCAAAAUCGCUCCAUCACAUAAACCUGGGGGGGGCAGGAGGGGGGGUCCCUUCCGAUCCUCCCUCCUGACGCCCCCCCCAGCAGGCCCCCUCCCCCACCAUUGAAAGCCAUGAAUUUUGAAUUUGAGAGGGAGAUUGGGUUUAUAAACAGCCAGCCAUCGCUCGCCGAGUGUCUGACUUCCUUCCCCGCUGUCUUGGAGACAUUUCAAACUUCAUCAAUCAAGGAGUCGACAUUAAUUCCUCCUCCUCCUCCUUUCGAGCAAACCUUCCCCAGCCUCCAGCCCGGCACCUCCACCCUUCAGAGACCCGGGAGCCAAAAGCGAGCCGAAGAUGGGCCCGCUCUGCCGCCGCCGCCGCUCCCCGCCGCCCCCUUGGUCCCCGAGUUCCCCUGGAUGAAAGAGAAGAAAUCCGCCAAGAAACCCAGCCAAUCCGCCUCGUCUCCCCCAGCCGCCUCCUCCGUUUCGGCCUCCGGGGUCGGCUCGCCAGCAGAUGGCCCGGGCCCGCCGGAGGCCGCCGGCGGCGGGGCGCGCAGGCUGCGCACUGCUUACACCAACACGCAACUGCUGGAGCUGGAGAAGGAAUUCCACUUUAACAAGUAUCUGUGCCGGCCGCGCCGCGUCGAGAUCGCGGCCCUGCUGGACCUCACCGAGAGGCAGGUCAAAGUGUGGUUCCAGAACCGGCGCAUGAAGCACAAGCGGCAGACGCAGCACCGAGAGCCGCCCGACGGGGAGCCGGCCUGCCCGGGGGCCCUGGAGGACAGCGGCGAGCCCGCCGAAGAGCCUGCGGCCGGCCCGGGUCGGCCCUCCGCCUCGCGGCCAGCGCGGGAAGCCUGCUGCCACCCGGCCGAGGUCGCGCCGGCCCCCCCGGGCCCCCCGCCCCCGACCGCUUCCGGGGGGGGCGCCUCGCGCGCGGCCGCGGGGUUGGAGCCCGAGCCGUUGCCGGAAGAUGCCUUCCCGGAGCGCCAGGAUUCUCCUUUCCUGCCCGACCUCAACUUCUUCGCGGUCGACUCCUGUCUCCAGCUGUCCGGAGGCCUCUCCCCCAGCCUGCAGGGCUCGCUCGACAGCCCGGUUCCCUUUUCCGAGGAAGAGCUGGACUUCUUCACCAGCACCCUCUGUGCCAUCGACCUGCAGUUCCCUUAACCUAGGUCCUCCUCCCGGCCCCUUGACGCCGUCUCCCUCGGCCCGGCUGCUGGAAAACCCGAGGACCCCCUCUCACCCCCCCCCCAAGUCGUUUAGACCUUCUUUAUGUGUUUUGCAAAAAUUCAGGUAUUAUUGAGUUAGCGCUUAAUCCAUUUCCUUUCUCCUCUCUCUAAAACAUGGGGCACUCGGGCGUCUUUUUAGAAUCACACAAGAAAAUUCCGUUUGCUAGACUCCUUCCAACGAAAUCUCAGGAAUAAUUAAACUCUAGGGGGGCUUUCUUAAAAAAGAAAUAGAGGAACUUGUUUUCCUCUCUUUUUUUUUAAGUUUUAGGCCGUAGAUUAUUUAUUAAAAUUCUUUAAUAAUAGGAAAAGGGGAAAGUAUUUAUUGUACAUUAUUUUCAUAGAUUAAAUAAAUGUCUUUAUCAUACGAA